UUCCAAAUGCAAGCUGUCCCUAAUAAACAAGAAUUUGUCUCCGAGAGAUGAACAGAGGGAGUUGACUUUCACAAGAUUGGCCACAAAAAUGGUUCACUGAUCGCAAUACACAGACCUCAUUAGAUCACCUAAACUCCAAUUUUCUUCGCUCUUCGUUCUCGCUUCUGAGAGAUGCAGGUUUUAGAGGACGAAUUGACUGCGAUGGCGAUGAUUUAGACGAAAUUUGGGCUAAUUUGUUGUUGAGAUUUGAAGAGUUUCACAGAAUCGACGAUUUGAAGGCUCUGCGAACAUGGUUUCGGGAAAUGGGUGUCCCGAGGGAGUCAAUACGAGGCCUCUGUUCUUGGUGAUCUAUACGACGGUCACUGUUGGCAUUGUGUUCUCGUCGUUGUAUGUGUUUUCGGCUGUUUAUUCGUCUUCUAACUCUGUUUCUGAUUCCAGCUCCUCCUGGUUUUCGUCUCCUUCUUCUGAAUUGACCAAUUCUGGUUCAACUCUAAUCAAGGAUCAAGAGCCAUAUGUAACACAACCGAGUACAGCGACACCUCCAGAUUUCCACAGAACAGAUGUUCACAACAAGGGGGAAAAACCAAUUUGGGAAUCUCCAGUCACCAAAACUAUGCCUCCUCCCGAGACUUUUCUUCUAAGCAAGGAACUAGUUCAGCAAAGGGCAAAAGAUAACAUAAUAAUAGUGACAUUUGGUAACUAUGCAUUUAUGGACUUCAUCCUUAGUUGGGUUAAGCAUCUGACAGAUCUUAAUCUUUCUAAUCUUCUUGUUGGUGCAAUGGAUACCAAACUGUUGGAAGCUUUGUAUUGGAAAGGUAUUCCAGUUUUUGACAUGGGAAGCCAUAUGAGCACAGUGGAUGUUGGCUGGGGGUCGCCUACAUUUCAUAAGAUGGGACGAGAAAAAGUGAUUCUUAUCAACUCAAUUCUCCCUUAUGGUUUUGAGUUAUUGAUGUGUGAUACAGACAUGGUCUGGUUAAAGAAUCCACUCCCAUAUCUUGCUCGUUACCCUGAAGCAGAUGUCUUAACUUCAAGUGAUCAGGUUGUACCAACAGUGGUCGAUGACAGUUUGGAUAUAUGGAGCCAAGUCUCUGGUGCCUUGAAUAUUGGAAUUUUUCACUGGCGGCCUUCACAAGCAUCAAAAAAAUUGGCCAAGGAGUGGAAGGAAAUGCUCCUAGCCGAUGAUAGUAUUUGGGAUCAAAAUGGUUUCAACCAACUUGUUCAUAAGAGAUACGGACCAGCUGUUGAUGAAGACAGUGGACUCGUAUAUGCUUAUGAUGGUUAUCUCAAGCUAGGAAUUUUACCAGCAAGUAUUUUCUGUAGUGGACACACCUACUUUGUCCAGGCAAUGUUUCAACAAUUUAGAUUGGAGCCAUAUGCCAUUCAUACUACAUUCCAGUAUGGGGGUACUGAAGGAAAGCGCCACAGGCUGCGCGAGGCAAUGGUUUUCUAUGAUCCUCCAGAGUACUUCGAUACACCGGGAGGUUACCUGUCAUUUAAGCCAUCAAUCCCUAGGAACCUACUACUUGAAGGAGAGCAUAACGUUGAUACACACUUCAUUCUUAUUAACUACCAGAUGAAACAAAUAAGAACUGCACUUGCAAUUGCUUCAUUAUUGAAUCGUACACUGAUAAUGCCUCAACUAUGGUGCCGGUUAGAUAGGCUAUGGUUUGGACAUCCCGGAGUUCUGCCGGGUUCAGUGACUCGACAACCUUUUAUUUGCCCAUUGGAUCAUGUUUUUGAGGUUAAUGUGAUGUUGAAAGACUUACCAGAGGAAGAGUUUGGCCCAGGAAUCAACUUUAGAGAAUAUUCCUUCUUGAACAAUCCAUUACUCCCAAAUCAGGUGAAAGAAUCAUGGCUUGAUGUUCAUCUUUGUAAACAAGGUAGUGAAGAUUGUCAGCCAUCAAAUGAUACAGUACAUCCCGGCGUCCUCAAAUUUCCUAAGGGCAGCAACGAAGACACGUUCAAGGCAAUAUUUUCCACUUUCAAGGAUGUCAAAGUCAUCCAGUUCUCCACAAUGCAAGACGCUUUCCCUGGUUUCUCUGAUAAGAAAAGGGAAGAGCAGUUCAAGAACCGUGUCAAGCGUUACGUUGGCAUAUGGUGUUGUGUGGAGAAUACUACUAUUGGCCACAUAUAUUAUGACAUGUACUGGGAUGAGACGCCCGAUUGGAAACCACACCCACCUCGAACACCUGAGGAAGAUCGACCACAUUUUUAAGUCUAAAGGAAAGGAAGAUAGACUCGAGAAUGAUUUAUUUAUCACUCUGAGGAGUUCAAAGCAGAGGCUCAGAUGGUAUCGUUGGAGGUCGAAAUCGAGUGUACUUUCUUACUUCGCGUUCUCACGAAUCGUGAAAGAGCAAAAGAAUACAGAUAGACUUGAUUUAGUUCCCACUCAUUCUGUAGAUGAGCAGACUUGUUAUUUGUGUAAGAUGGAAAAGAGGAUUUGUUAUCUCUGAAUGAGUGGAAGUUUUGACUUUUUUGGCUCAAAUAAAAGGGAGGAUGUAAAGUGCACAACAUUCCA